CAAGAUCUUUUGGAAAGGGGUGUUUUGGCGUUUGCCGCUAGUGGCUGACGCCACCAUGGCGGCCUCCACAGUGUGCAGAAGGUGUUUGCUCUGCCACGGACCGCGCAAGUUCCGCGGUCCGUCGCUGUGUGCGGUCCGUCUCAGUGCGGCGGUUCGUCCAUUCAGCUCCGACACGGAGACGGGCAGGAGCUUCUUCGGCUGCAGCGAGAAGGACUUGGAGCUGCGCGAUCGGGCGCUCGAUGGCACGCGCGAGUUCUACAAAGAGCAAAAAGGCCAAGCACUGCCCUUGGGCCCUCCAAUUGGCCGGGAAGUCUACGUCUCCAACUUGCGUUCCAGGGAUGGCAGACAACGAGUGCCCAAACUCACCAUCUUGGACUCCUCUGGGAAGUCAUGGAUGACCUUGAGCAAAGAAGACUUCGAGUACAUUAUGAAGCGGAAAGAUGACAUCAACAAGGAGCUCAUCCGAUACGAGAAGCGCUUGGAUUGAGGUCUCUCGUCUCACCGGUCAGAAGGACUAGCCGAAGCUGUCCA